AUGGAGAACCGGCCGUCGACGUCCGAAUCCAAACAGUCUUAUCCCGCACAGGUUUGGAGCACCCCGGCCACGGCAACACCAGGCUCCAAGAACACAGCUGCUGCCGAUCGACCUCAGGAAGCCUCGACCGCGCAGACAGUCCCCUUCCCGACGCAUCUCGAGUUUCUUCCUCUUUGGAUCCCUCAGCAGUCAAAUAUAUACCACGCACAGCUUCUUCACUACAACAAACUCAUCUCGCCAACGAGGGGUGGUGGCCUGCAGACGCCGCCACUCCCUCCUGUUGUCACCUUGCCUCCCGUCCAGGCCGCGCCGAGAUCGCGUACUUCUAGUAGGGCAUCGCUGAAAGAACACACGCCUGGCAAGUCGACCACGUCAUCGGGAAAUGGGAGCCGAUCGAGUCAGAACUUCGAAAAGAACCGUUUGGUUAUAACCUCCAAAGACGCUCCGGCCAAGAUGCCUGCCAGGCAAGGGGCGGAGUCGUCCAAAAACUGGGCGCAGAGAACUGCGGUCCUCUCUACAUCGCCUCAGGGCCAGACGCACUCGAGUUCGGUCCCUUCCACGCCCCACCAGCACGCGAGACAGUUUUCUUUCGAAUCUCGCGAUCCCUCUCCCAAUGCCGGUACGAACCACUCACCACGCUCCGCCUACUCGGAAACGAAUAGCACUCUGCCUUCCCUGCGUCCUUUGCCACCGCGCCUCGGCGGAUGCAAAUAUGAGACUUCCCAAAUCAAUUCCAGAAGGAGAAUACCAUACUCUGUUGGCAGUGAUCGCCUAGAGAAGCUCGAUAUGCGAACUGUGGCCCCCAAGCUUGGCGAAGAGGAGGAAGAAAAACUGUCCAAGGACAUGAAAGAGAUGUACGACAAGCUGCUUCCAACAGAUCAAGUCGAAAAGAAUCGAAAACGAUUGGUUGAGAAGCUCGAGAAAAUCUUCAACGAGGAAUGGCCAGGCCACGAUAUCAAGGUUCAUCUAUUCGGAUCUUCUGGCAAUCUACUCUGCUCAGAUUCUUCCGAUGUAGACAUUUGCAUCACCACGGCUUGGCGCGAGCUGGAAGGCGUCUGCAUCAUUGCUGACCUGCUUGCUCGACGAGGAAUGGAAAAGGUUGUUUGCAUCUCUGCCGCCAAAGUCCCGAUCGUCAAGAUUUGGGAUCCCGAACUUGGCCUUGCUUGCGACAUGAACGUCAACAAUACAGUCGCGCUCGAAAAUACUCGAAUGGUUCGCACAUACGUCGAGGCUGACCCUCGAUCAAUGACGCUGCAUUCGGUGCUUCGUAACCCGGCCGUUCUCCCCGCCCUGCAUCAGUUACCAUACAAGUUACCUAAGCCUGACGGCUCCGUCGGCGAUUUUGCCGACAACAUGAAGAAAAUCAAGGGCUUCGGCAACAAGAAUAAAUCCUCGGAAGCCGAACUACUGUUCCAGUUUUUUCGAUUUUAUGCACACGAAUUUGAUUACGAUAAGCACGUCCUAUCCGUGAGACUCGGUCGAAUUAUGACGAAAUCCGAUAAGAAAUGGAAUUACGCAUUGAACAAUCAACUCUGUGUAGAGGAACCGUUCAACACGACAAGAAACCUGGGAAAUACAGCCGACGAAUACUCUUUUCGUGGCCUACACCUUGAACUUCGAAGAGCAUUCGAUCUCAUUUCUCAGGGAAAGCUACCUGAAGCUUGCGAGCAGUUUGUGUUUCCCAAAGAAGAACGUGUCUCGUUUCGACCUGCGCCUCAGCCUCGCCCUGUACUGCUGCGAAGCUCAUCGCAAUCGCAGCCUAGCCGAGGUGGUCGUGGCAAUCAUAGAGGAAAUCGCCACAACAACAACUUUCGCGGCGGGGGAUCUAACAGACGUGCCUCAUCCAGUGUGCCGGCGGCCUACGAUGCCAACAUGUUUAUUGCGCCUGUAAAUAUGGCGCAGGACCUAGAUGGCGUAUCAGCAGCAGCUCAAUCUCUACGCAAAUUCGCCCGCUUUCCUACAACACCAGAAUAUGAGCCAGCAGCAGCAGAGAAUGUCUGGCAGCUCAAGCUCCGGUCAGCAAUCGUCAGAUCGCUCCCGAACGAAUUCGUUUGA